AUGGAUGGAUCCUCCUCCAGACCCCAAUGUGGGUUCUCCUCCUACUUAAACCCUGUAAUGGGUUCUUCUCCUACUUCAAAACCUGGUGUGGGUUCUUCAAGAUACAGUCUCGGAGUGCAAAUGUGCACCAAACGUGAAGUUGAACCAAUCUUCGGCUGCACAAUCACCCCUUCAGCUCGUUUGAUCAACCCUACAGUCUUCGGUGAACAACCCCCAGAGCACAAGUUCAAUUUCAAGUGGUACUGGAAGUGUGACUUGGAAGCACACAGAGACGAGAUCAGGUUCUGUGUCCACCAUGAUGUGGUGGCUACCAUCCAGUCUGCUGGUGAGACUUCCUCUGAUAAUCAACCAGCAGAUGAAGAGAAGACCUUGGCUGAGUAUAAUGAUAAUUCACUCGAUAAACAUCCAAAGCUUGAACUAGAUGGAAAAAUAUGGGUAGAGGAUUUGUGCCCAAGUGAUACCAUCGAGACAGUUCCUGUUCGGUAUGUGCCAGGUCAGAAACCUCGCUGCAUACUUGAGUGUCAGCAGAAAUCUGGGGACUCUCAUAUUCGCUCCAUACUCAAAGCACACUCUUCUGGCGGUGUAAAAAUUAGUGUGCUAUCAUAUAAUGUCCUUACUGAUAUAUACGCUCAUGAUGAUCAAUACUCUGACUUGCCAAAAUGGUCUUUAACUUGGGAAUAUUGUCCGCAGAAUUUACUAGAUGAGAUCAUUGAAUAUGAUGCAGACAUCCUCUGUCUUCAAGAGAUUUAUACAAGUCACGGGUAUUGCAUGGACGGUUGUGCUAUAUUUUACCACUGUGAUGUAUUCAAAGAAAUCGUGAAAUAUGAGCGUGAAUUUGAUAGCUCACUGAGAGUGAUUGGAGAAUUACAGCUGAUAGAAAGGGAAAGGAGAGAUGAAGCUUUUCAAAGGCGGAAGCAGCGCGAGGCUGAUAGCUCUUUACGGAGAGUUUUGGAAGCAUUGGAAGCAUUGCAACCUCAAGAGAGAGAUGAAGCUUUUCAAAGGCUGAAGAAGGCCAAUGUUGCACAUGUUGUUACAUUAGAAAAACUGGAAAGUAAGGGCACUUGCAAGGGCAUUCAACCUAGAAUUUGUGUGGCAAAUACGCACAUAUAUUCAGAUCCAUGGUCCCCAGAUGUCAAGUUGUUUCAGGUUGUGGACCUGAUUACUGGACUGGACAAAAUGGCCAAGACGGAAAUUCCUAUGUUGGUUUGUGGAGAUUUCAACUCUGUUCCUCUGAGUGCGCCUCAUCAGUUCAUAACUACUCGCAAACUUGGCAAUCUUCCCGAUACUGAUCAACAUAGCAUAUGUCUGCAUCUAAAGCCUGACCAUUCAUUGCCUCUGAAAAGUGCAUAUGCAUCUUCUUAUAACUCGGAUGGUGUCGAGGAGGAACAGUGUAAGAAGUUCUGGUCUGAAAGUGGGGAGCCUUUGUUCACCCACUCGACAAGACAUUUCCAAGGAACCCUGGAUGACAUAUUCUAUACAGAUGCUAUGAUUAAGAACUUUGAAGAAACUCUAGCUACUAAUAGGUUGGCUACGGAGAGUCUGAACACUAAAUUGGGUGAGGAAUACUCAAUUUCACCGAGGAGAAACCCUGUUGUUAGAAGGAGAGGUCAGCGUUCUCUGGGAAAACCAGAGCAUGAUGAGAAGGAUUCACCUCUAGUAGGGGCAACACAAACACCAGUAUCAACACUUCUGAAGAAAGCUUCAGAGAAUCUGAACUCACCCAGUAUAAUGAAUCUCUCAAAGCACCACAAAAAGGAUCCAAGAAAGAGGAUCCUCCCUCUCCUCAUCGCCCUCAUCAGCUCCAUCAUCACUACCAUUGAUGCGUCUCCAUCACCACCACCACCACCGCCACCGCCGCCGUCAUUCCCCAUCGACGCUCCUACCCUUCAGAUUGUCAUCUGCUUCUUCAUAUUCUAUUAUGUGACUGUGGCAGUCAUUGGCAUUGUUAGCCCUGCCAUUUUCAAAAAAUGGCAGGAUAUCCUCACAGCCGCUGAAAAUUGGUUUUAUACAACCGAUCACUUCCUCGUAGCCCCUUUUAGGCACAUUUUUAGGUGUAUGUAUAAGUCCUUGUAUGCGUUUAUGGCUUUCUUCAUUCUUAAGGUUUUGGUAGUGCCUAUUAUAGUGUUGAUUGUGACGGGUGAGAAGGAUUGA